CUGCCUAACGGGACUUUAUGAGAGCAAUAACAGUCGGGCACGCGCGCGCGUACACGCGCACGCACGCCCAGCAGCCAAAGCAGGGGAGGAUGUCCUCUCUCUCUCUCUCUCUCUCUCUCUCUCUCUCGUUCUCUCUCCUCCCUCCUCAAAGUCGCUGCCUUAAUCCCAUUUGCCAUUGUGCGAGCGCAAUCGCCUGUACUUUCCGCAUUUAACUUGGAUGACAUUUUUAUUUCGUCAUUAGCAUCAUCACGCGCCCGCACAGCGUCUCGCGGUUCGGCGUUCGAGCCCCGGGAUGAUCCAUCUGUCACGCCUGCGCACGGUCCCGCUACCCCUCCGCCGACUUCCGUCUCUCUAGUUUCAUUUCACCGCCGAGCAAAGCAAAAGCAAAAAAAAAAAAAAACAACUAACAAACGAACAAACAACCCAACUCAAAAGAAAGAGAAACAAAACAACGAGCCUCCGCCGCCAUGCCCGAGACCACGCAGGAGGCUCCGGCCAAGGACUCGCCCUUCUUUAUCAAGAACCUGCUCAACUGCGAAAGCAAGCCGCCCACCAAGCCGAAGCCGCCUUCCCCGUCGCCGGCGCUGGCGGCCCAGCGGUCGGCCCUGGAGGCUGCCGGGGGCUUCUCCCUGUCGCAAGUGGCCGACUUCGGCUUCCCUCGCUUCGAGCUGCCGGCGCAGCGCUUCACUCUGCCCGCACACUACCUGGAGCGCACCUCGGCCUGGUGGUACCCUUACGCCCUCAACUCCACCGCGCACAUCCACAGAAGUGAAGCCGCCGCAGAGAAGCUGACAGCCAGGGACUCGUCCCCGACGUCGGGCACGGAGCGGGACUCCCCCGAACUGCUGCUCAAGUCCGAACCGGAGACCAAAGACGACGACGAGGACGACGACGACGAGCGCGCGGCUAGCAAAAGCGGCGACGAGAUCAUCUUGGAGGAGAGCGAUUCGGACGAGGCCAAGAAGGACGAGCUGGACGACUGGAAGAAGCGCGACGACGACGGCGGCGGCGGCGGCGGCGGCGGCGACGGAGGAGACAAGAAGCCGUGCCGCAAGAAGAAGACCCGCACGGUGUUCUCGCGCAGUCAAGUCUUCCAACUGGAGUCCACAUUCGACAUGAAGCGCUACCUGAGCAGCUCGGAACGCGCCGGCCUGGCCGCUUCGCUUCACCUGACCGAGACCCAGGUGAAGAUUUGGUUCCAGAACCGCCGAAACAAGUGGAAGCGGCAGCUGGCCGCCGAGCUGGAGGCGGCCAACUUGAGUCACGCCGCCGCGCAGAGGAUCGUGCGGGUGCCGAUCCUCUACCACGAGAACUCGGCGGCGGACGGCCCGGCUGCCCCGGCCAACGUGGCCACCAGCCAGCCGCUGCUCACUUUCCCGCACCCGGGCGUCUACUACUCGCACCCCAUCGUCACCUCCGUGCCGCUGCUUAGACCCGUGUGAGAGACAAAGCGAGAGAGAGAGAGAAAAAAAAGAAAAAAGAAGAAAAAAAAGACUCCCUAUUUUUGUACUCGAUGAAGAAGCGAGCAAGAAAACCACUGAAAAGGCCCCUGACGGUCUACAUGUGAUCCGACAAUUCAACCACAUUGUUAUUAUAUUAUUAUUACCGUUGUUAUCAUCAUCUCAGGUGUACCUGCGAACACUGCCUAAAGAGUGUCUAUUUUUUUUUUUCUUCUGUUAUUUUGUUGUUAUUUUUUUCUUGUAGGGGGGGGGUAGUUUUUGUUUACAGUGUGACCAUGACUGGCUUAUUCAUUUAAAAAAGAACAUUUUUUUUUCACAGUUAUGUGCAAUUCAUCAUCCCAAACAAUAAUAAUUUGUACAUUUGACUUGAUUUGUUGUGACAUGACGGCUGACAAUCAAGGCACUCCCAACUGUACAUGGCCGUGUUGUUUGUGUCAUUAGGUUGAGGUUUUCCAUUUUGCUGUAUGGAUUUAUGUAAAUGUAAAUAUUUAAUUGACACGGAGAUUUUUUUGUUUGUUUGUUUGUUUCUUUCUGUGUACGGAAACACACACAUCGUUUCUUUUAAUAUUGUAUUGAUGAACCACGUGGUGAAAUAAAUGGAGACUAUUCCCGA